AUGUAUAACACAUAUAAGUGGGUUCUGAAUAAACUUAAAUUUUCGUAUAAAGAAGAGAAUAAUAUUGAUUAUUUGAUAGAUAAAAAUAUUGAAGAAAAGAAAAAUGUUGUUGAAAAGUUUCUAUGUGAUGAAGAAAAUGAUUUAUUGUUGUUUAGUUUAGAAAAUAACGAAAUGGUUAUUGCAAAGGAAGAGAAUAUAAAAUUUGAUCAGAAAAUUGUUUAUUUUUAUAAGCAUUUAAAUAAAAAUAUAAAAGAUGAUAAGAAAAUAUUAUAUGGAAUAUUAUCUCCUAAUAUUUUGGAUACUUUAAAAUUAAUGCUUAAUAAGAUAAUAUAUCCAUUGUUUAUAAAUAACAAGUUAAUAAAUACAAAUGUGUCUAGUGAUGAUAUAAAUAAAUUUAUGAUGGAAUUUAAUACAUAUAUAAAAGAGUUAAAUGAAUUUAUUUUAAUAUUAGAAGAUAUAAAGAAAGUAAAAUUGAGAAUGCAAAUAUAUGAUUCUGAAAUUAAUAAUGAUAAAAAAAACGAUGAAAAUAUAUUAAAUGAUGAAGAAAAGGAUGAUAAAAACAUUUCAACUUGUUCAUCACCCUUAUCAUCUAUUAGAGAAUUUCAGAAGAAAGGAAAUGAAUGUGAAUAUAAAAUAAAUAAGAAAAAGAAUGAAACUGCACAUUUAACAAAAUAUUUAAAUAUAUUAGAAAACUUAUUUAAUGAUAUGCAAAUGAAAAUACAAGAAUAUAAGACAUCAAAUAUAGACGUUGGUCCAUUUAUUGAAAUACAAUAUUGGAGAUAUAAACAUCGAUAUUUAUUAUUUAUAAUUGAAGAAUUAAGAAGUAAAGAAAUUAAAAGUAUUAUAAAUAAUAUUAAUAUAAAUAAUACAAAUAAUGAAGAACAAAAAUAUACAUAUACAUUUGAUAUAUUAAAUAAAUGGAGAGAAUUAGAAACGAAAAUUGAAAAUGAAUUCAAUGAAAGUAAAGAUAAUAUAAAAUAUCUAGAAAGUAUUGAACAAUUUAUUUUAUCUUUAUAUUUAUGUAAUGUAGAAAAUAUUAUUGACAAUAUACCAUCUCUUUUAAAUUCAAUUAAAAUGAUUUAUUUAGUAGCACGUUUUUAUAAUACUCCAAAUAAGCUUAACAAUUUAUUUAUAAAAAUAACUAAUCAGAUGAUUAUUAAAUGUAAGGAGGAAAUUUAUUGUGCCAAAAAAAAAAAAAUCACAAGAAUCAAAAGGAAACAAAAUAAAGGUAAAAAUAAAAGAAAUGAGGAAAGACGAGGAAGUGAUAUGGAUGGACAGAAUAAUCAAGAUAUGGACGAUACUUUAUCUGAAAAAAAUGAUGGAAAAAAUUAUUCAAACCGAAAAAAUAAAGAUAAUAAUAAGAAUAAUAAGAAUGAUAAAAAUAAUAACGAUGAAGAUAAUGAUGAUAAUUAUAAUAAUAAUAAUGUUAGUGAUGAUGAUAAUAAUAAUAGCGAUAAUAGUGAUGAUAACGAAAGUGAUAAUUAUGAUAGUGAUGAUAAUGAUAAUUAUGAAAUGGAUGAGCAGGAUGAAGAUCAUUUUAAUGGUUUUAUAAGAGAAAAUAAUUAUGAUGAUGGAGAAAAGGAUGGUAACAGAUCGUAUGAUAAUUUAAAAGAUAGAAAAAAAGGAAGUAUAUAUAUAAAUGAUGAUAUAAAAAGAGACAAACUAAAAAAUGAAGAACAUAACUUAUGGUUAUUAGAUCCUGAUAAUUUGAUUGAGAAAUUUAAUUUAUGUUUUAAAUUACAUGAAAUAUAUAAAGAAGAAUUUGAAAGUCUAAAAUGUUUUUUUGAACAGAAUAAUUCAACAAGUAUGAGUGUUGAUUUAAAUUCUAAAGUUAUAUUUUGUAAAUUAGAAAUAUUUUGUAGACGUUUAAAAAAAUUAGUAGAUUUAUUUUUAUGUAUGAAACAAUUUCAAAUAUUAAAAAGUAUAAAAUUUGAUUGUGUACAGAAAAUUACUAAAACGUUUAAUAAAUAUAUAAAAGAAUUUAAAUUAAAACAUACAGAUGAUAUGUUAAAUUACACAGAUAACUAUUUUGAUAGAGAUUUUGUUGAAUUAAGAGUAUAUAUAUCAGAAUUAGAAAGUGACUUACAAGAACAUAUGAUUAGUUUAUUAAAUAAUAGUUCAAAUAUUAUGCUUUCAUUUUUUAUAUUUUUUAAAUUUAAAGAAUCUUUCAUAAGAGAUUAUUUAAUUAUUUUUAUACAAACAAAAUAUGAUAUACUAUUACAACAGUUUUUAGAAAUAUUAAAUUCUAUAAAUAACGAUUUAGAAAAUUAUAAGAACAAUUUAAGUAUUAAUAAAAAUAUUAAUUAUUUAAAAAAUAUAUUUUGGACAUUAAGCAUUAAUUAUAAGAUAAAUCAUAUUAUAAAAGUUUUUCUUGAUGAAAAUGAUAACAACAAUAAUAUUAUUUACGAUGAAAAGUUCAAUAUUAAUAUGAAUACAUUUGUCAAUCAUGAUACACAUAAGAACCUAAAGAAUAAAGGUAAAAAAAUAUAUAACUCUGAAAAAAAAGACAACGAUAAGGAUAUAUAUAAGGAUAUGGAAGAUAUAAAAAAAUCAUCUGCUUCUGAUGAACCUAUUUAUGAAAAAAUUAAUGAUAAGGUUCAUAUAGUUAAUUCUAUACAACAGCAAGUUUUAGAAUUGUUAGAAGAUUAUGAUAAGAAGAAAAAUAAUGAAAAUGUAAUUGCACGUAAAAAGGAAGUAGCAUUAUCUAUCGAUAGAAAUAAUCAUAUAUUAAAAGAAGAUGAACAUCAAGAUGUACAUGAAGAUGUACAUGAAGAAGUACAUGAAGAAGUACAUGAAGAUGAGCCUGGUGAUGAAUAUAAGCAAGAAAUUGAACUAGAAAAAGAUCAAAAAAAAAAAACUUUUAAGAAUAAAGAAGAAGAGGAAAAUUUUAAUGAAUAUAAUAAAAAAAUAAAAACACAGAAAUCAAGACCAAAAAAAAUAUACAAUAAUAAUAUACACAAUAAUAAUAAUGAGAAAGAUAAAGAGAAAAGAAAAAAUAUAUUAUUCAAAAGUUCCACUGGAAAAGAAGUAUUAAAAUUAUACUUAAAAAUAUCAAAAUUUAUUGAAGAAUAUAAAAAUAAAUUAUUUAAACAUUGGUUAUCAUACACAAAAAAUAUGAACAGUUUAAAUGUGACAGUUUUUGUAAAACAUCCAAAGACAAAAAAUGUAAUAGUAAAUUUUGAUAAUAGAAUUAAGAAAAUAAUAAGAGAAGCAAAAAUAUUUCUUUCUUUUGAAUUUGAAUUACCUGAAGAAAUAAAAAAUAUGAUAUCUCAAGAAUCCAAAAUAUAUAGUUUUUAUUAUAAAUUUUAUAAUAUAUUAAUAUUAAUAAAAAAGAUGAAAAGUAAUAAGAAACGUGGUAUUGAUUUAAGUUUAAAACAUUUUUUUAUGUAUAUUGAUCAAUUAAUUUUGCCAUUCUUAGUAAAAUAUACUUGGAAUAAUUAUGCUUUAGAAGAUUCAAUUGAUAACUUAUUUAAAGAAUUAUAUUAUUUUGAUGAAUCAAUAAAUUCUUUAUAUUAUAUUAUAAAAGAUCAUAUAUAUUAUAAUAUAAAAUUACUUUAUAAAAUUCUUGAAUAUAAAAAUGAAAGGUUAGUUAUACAUAGACAAAAGAAAAUGUUUAAUAAAAGAAUAGUUUUAUGUAAUUCUAUAUCGAAGAAAAUUCAAACAGCUAUUUUUGAUCUUUUAAGUAAUAUACAAUAUGUAUAUGAAGAUAAAUUAAAAAGUAUAAUAACAAAGGAAGAAAUAAUAAAUACACGAAAUUUUUAUUAUGAAAUAUUUUUGUCUACCUUGAAAAAAAUAUACUUAAAAAAUAUUAAGAUUUUAAUUAACACAUGGUCUAAUUUUGAUGAUAAUAAUAAAAACAAAGGCAACACACAGAGUAAUAAUGACAAUAUGAUGAAUUAUAAAAACAACAACAAUAAUAAUAAUAAUGAUAAUAAUAAUAAUUGCAAUGUUGUUGAAAUUUUAUUAUUAAUUCAAGAAAAUGAUAUUAUCAUUAAUCCAUCUAUUAAAAGCAUCAAGGAAAAUAUGAAAAAAAUUAUCAACGUUUCUAUUAAUAAUUUAAUAUAUAUUGAUAAUUGGAUAACAACAGAAGAUUUAAUACGACAAUUUCAUGGAGAUGUUGAGAAUGACGAGGGACAAGAUAUAGAAGAUUUAUCUAAUAAAACAAAAAAAAGAGAUCAAAUUAAGAAAAAAUGCGAAGAAAUAAAUGAAGAAAAUAAAUAUUUGUCAAAUGAUGAAAUUAAUAAAAAAAAGAAAAAAAAAAAAUAUAUAUUUGACCAAGUUUUAGAUUUCUCUUAUUUUUCGAAAAAUAACAUGAAUGAGACAGCAAAUUGUAUAGAAGAAGAGUUAAAUAUGGAAAAUGAAAAUUGUGUGGAUAAUUUGAAUUAUUACUUUGAAUUUUAUGAGAAAAUAAGAGAAGAUAAAAAUAUUGAAAAAGAAUUAUUAAAGUUAAAUGAUAAAUUAUUUGUAUUUCAAAAUGCGGUUGAUAAUUUUAUUAAAAAGUUUGAAAAGUAUAAAUAUAUUAUAAAAAAUUUCCACUUACAAAAGGAACAAAAUAAUAAUAAUAAUAAUAAUAAUAAUGACAAUAAUAAUAAUAAUAAUAAUAAGGGUAUUGUACUGGGGGAUUAUAAUAAACAAAAAGAUAUAAUGAAUGAUAAAAUAUUAGAUAUGGAUAAUUAUAUGAAAGAUACAGAAGAUGAUGAAGAAAAAGAAAGGAACCUAUUAAAUUUUACAGAAAAUGAGGAUGAUUUAGAAAAUAUAAAUUUGAAGAGUAGUACAAAGGGAAUCUUAGACGAUUCUAAUAUUGAUAAUAGUGAUGAUAAUGAUAGUUCAGAUAAUAAUAGUGAUAAUAGUGAUGAUGAAGAUAAUAAUAAUUUUAAGAAAUACAAAGAAGAAGAAGAGAAAAUAAAAACUUUUAUAGAAAUAAAAAAGGAUAUAAAUAAUAUAGAAAGUUGUUAUAUGCUAAAUAUGUUUAAAUUCAAUUUAGAAAGCUUUAAAAUGUAUUUAAUAAAUAUUAUUGAAAAUGAAGCAUUAGAAUGUGCUAAAAAUAUUAUUGAACCUGUUAAGAAAAAAAGUGAUAUGCUAAUUAAAAAAAUUAAUACAUUAAAAAUAAAAUUAAAAAAAAAAAUUAUAGAUAUUGAUUCUUUAUAUUAUGUUAUUAAUAUAAUAAAGAAAAUACAUAUUUUUGAAUCAACUAUUGAUAUUGUCUUAAAUCCUAUAAAUGACAUGUUAAAUAUUUUAGAAUUUUAUAUGAGUAACUUUUUAAAAAAACAAAUGGAUUCCUUAAGACAUUCUAAUAAUUAUGAUGAAGAAGAAAAUUAUCAAAUAAAAUUUAUAAAUAAUUUAGAAAAGAAAAAAUCUUCUGGUCAAUUAUAUAACUUAGAUGAUUCAUAUAAUAAGAAUUUAUUAUUCACAUUUAAUAAAUUAAAUGUAAUGAAAAAAAAGUUUGUAUCCUUUUAUAAAUUUGAAAUAGAGAAAAAGAAUUUAAUACUAAGCAAAUUUAAUGAGUUAAUAAAUUUAACAAAACAUGUUGAAGAGGAAAUACAAGAAAAAAAAACAACUAUGAAAAAUGAAUUGAUAAAUAAUAUUUAUUCAUUCAAAAUUGAUAUAAAAACAUUUAGAGAACAUUUUCUUAAAAUGAAUUUUAAAAGUGAACAUAUUAAUCCAUUAAAUGCGUUUGAAUUAUUAAAAAGAUAUAAAGAAGAAAUUAAUAUGUUAAAAAAUAAAUAUAAUAGUUAUUAUAAAGGGGAAUCUAUAUUCGGUUUAAAGCAUCAACCUCAUUCUGAUUUAUUUCUAAGUUCGAAUGAAAUUCAUAAUUUUUAUUCUCUUUAUGAUUUAUAUGUACAAUUAAAAGAAAAGUUAAAUGAAUGGAAAAAUCUUAAAUGGUAUGAUGGUAUACAAAAAAUGAAAGAAUUGAAAAAUGAAAUUUUAUCCUUUGAAAAAAAAUGUUCUCAAUUACCAAAAAAUCUGAAGAUGAUUGUAAUAUAUAAAAAUCUGAUGAAAGAAAUUUUUUAUUUUAAAGAAAUUACACCAAUUGUAGAUGAAUUGGAGAAAAAAACUAUUCUCAAAAGACACUGGACAGAAAUAAUAAACAUUUUGAAGGAAAAGAAAAAAAAAGAUACCACAGGUAAGGAGAAAAAAAUUCAAAAGAAAAGUUAUGCAGAUGAGGAAAAAGACAAUCCAAAGGACAACAUCAACCAAAACAAAAACAAAAACAACAACAAUAAUAAUAAUAAUAAUAAUAUUAACGAAAUAAUAAAUGAUAAAGUAAACAAAAUAGACCCUUUGGUGGAUAUGCAAAAAGAAAAUGUAGUGGAAAAUUUAAAUGCUGAACAAAUGAAUAACCAGAAUAAAAAUGGGAAACAAAUUGAACUAAUCACUGAUUUGGAUGAUCAGCCAAAUAAAACAAGUAUUCAAAAGAAUACGUUUGAAAAAAAUAAUAGUAAUGUUAAUAAUAAUGAUAAUAAUAAUUAUAAUAAUAAUGAUGAUAAAAAUCUUGUCCAUAUUGAUAGAGAUAAAUAUACUUAUAAUACAAGUGAAGUUGAAGAUGAGAAGAUGAAGAAAAACAACUUAGAAAAUAAAAAAAGAAUAAAAGAUCAAACGGAUGAAGAAAAAAUCAAUAAAAAAGAUAUAUCAUUUCAAGAUGGAGGACUUUUAGAAGAAAGCGCAUAUUUGGAUGAAGAAGAAUACAUAAAUAAUUUAAACAAAUUAGAUCUAGAUAAUAUGGAUUUUUUUAUUAAGGAUAUAAUAAAUUAUCAUUUAUUAAAAAAGAAAGAUGAUAUAUUAGAUAUAUGUGAUAGUGCAGAAAAAGAAGCUAGUAUUGAAGAAAAAAUUAAUGAGCAAUAUAAAAUUUGGAAUGAAACAUGUUUUCAAUUUAGUAAAUGGAAAAAUAGAGAUUAUGCAUGUAUACUUGUUGGUAGUAAAGUUAUUGAAAUACAAGAAAGUUUAGAAGAAAGUCAAAUAUUAUUAAAUAAUAUAAAUUCAACUAAAUAUAGUAAACCAUUUAAAAGUAAAUUAUUAUUAUUAUUAAAUAAAUUAUCUGAUUGUAGUGAUAUUGUAGAAAGAUGGAUAAAAGUACAAAUGUUAUGGUGUUCUAUGGAAAGUGUUUUCACUAGUGGAGAUAUAGCUAGACAAAUGCCCAUUGAAUCUAAACGAUUUCAUCAAAUUGAUAAAGAUUGGAUUAAUAUUAUAAAUAUAGCUAACGAAUCAUCUAUUGUUAUUGAAUGUUGUCAAAGUAGUAUGUUAAAAGAAUUAUUACCAAAUAUGCAAAAAGGUUUAGAAAGUUGUCAAAAAUCGUUGGAAUCUUAUUUAGAAGGGAAAAGAAGCAAAUUUCCUCGUUUCUAUUUUGUAUCCAAUUUAGUAUUAUUGAAAAUAUUAUCUCAAGGUUCAGAUAUCAAUAUUAUACAAUCAGAAUUAAUUAAAUUAUUUGAUGCUAUUAAUUAUUUAACUAUUAAAACUAUACAAAAUAAAAAAAGAAUCAUAUGUAUUAAUAAUAAAGAAAAAGAUGAUAUUGAAACUGUUCAGUUAGUAAAUCAUGUUACUAUUGAUGGUAAUAUAGAAAAUUGGCUUAUAUUAUUAGAAAAAGAAAUGCAAAAAGCUAUAAAAAAAGAAUGUAAGUUAGGUGUAUCUAAUUCAUCACAAUUAUUUAAAACACUAAAUUUAAAAGAAUUUUGUGAUAAAAAUAUAGCACAAGUUGCAUUAAUAUGUUUACAAGUAAUGUGGACAAAUGAUAUAGAAAAAUGUAUAUAUAAAUAUCAUUCAGAAAAAAAUAUUUUAAAAGUUACCAAUAAAAAAAUUAAUUAUAUAAUGUCAGAACUUGUAAAUAUAUGUUUAUCCGAUUUAGGUACUAAACUAAAUAGAACUAAAUAUGAAACAUUAGUUACUAUACAUGUACACCAAAGAGAUUUAUUUACAGAAAUAUCUGCAAAAAUUAAAGAGCAUAAAAUUAAAACAACUACCGAUUUUGAUUGGAUAAAACAAACUAGAAUUUAUUAUAAAGUAGAAAAAAAUAUUAUUUUAAUAAGUAUAUCUGAUGUUGAUUUUAUUUAUUCUUAUGAAUAUUUAGGUAUAAAAGAAAGAUUGUGUAUAACACCUUUAACGGAUCGAUGUUAUUUAACAUGUGCCCAAGCUUUGGGUUUGUGUUAUGGUGGAGCUCCAGCUGGACCAGCAGGGACAGGAAAAACAGAGACAGUAAAAGAUUUAGGUAGAACCUUAGGUAUAUAUGUAAUAGUAACAAAUUGUUCUAAUCAACAUAAAUAUAAAGAUAUGGCAAAAAUAUUUAAAGGAUUAUGUAGAAGUGGGUUAUGGGGAUGUUUUGAUGAAUUUAAUAGAAUUAAUUUAGAUGUGUUAUCUGUUGUAGCCAUGCAAAUUGAAUCUAUAGUUACAGCAAAAAAGCAAUCGUUGAAAUAUUUUUUAUUUCCUGGAGAUUCUAAAGCUAUAAAUUUGAACCCAUCCUCUGCAUACUUUAUUACAAUGAAUCCUGGGUAUGCUGGAAGACAAUUAUUACCAGAAAAUUUGAAAAUAUUUUUUCGAUUUAUAUCUAUGAUGGUUCCAGAUCGACAAAUAAUAAUAAAAGUAAAAUUAGCAUCUGUUGGAUAUUUAGAUAUUGAUAAUUUAAGUAACAAAUUUAAAUCAUUAUAUAACUUAUGUGAAGAGCAGUUAUCUAAACAAAAACAUUAUGAUUUCGGUUUAAGAAAUAUUUUAUCUGUAUUACGUACUGCUGGUGAUACCAAAAGAUCUGCUGGACCAAAUGAAAAUGAUGAAGAAAUGUUACUUAUGAGAACAUUAAGAGAUAUGAAUUUAUCAAAAUUAAUUCAUGACGAUGUAUUAUUAUUUUUAUCCUUAUUGAAUGAUGUAUUUCCAAAGUUUCAUAAUAUAACAAAAAAAAGUUUUCAAUUAAUUGAAGAGAAUGUAUUACAAAUAAUUAAGAAAAAGAAAUUAUGUGCAAAAGGUAAGUGGAUAUUAAAAAUAUUACAAUUAUAUGAAACAUCAUUAGUUCGUCAUGGUUUUAUGCUUGUUGGGAAUACAUUAACUGGGAAAACUGAAAUAUUAAAUAUAUUAACAUCUGCUUUAACAAAUAUAGGAACUGUUACAAAAAUUAUAACAUUAAAUCCAAAAGCAAUUACAUCUGAACAUAUGUAUGGUGUUAAAGAUAAUUUGAGUGAAGAAUGGACUCCCGGAAUUUUUGCAAAUAUAUGGGAAAAAUAUAAUAAUAAUAAUUUAAAAUAUAAUACUUGGAUUGUAUGUGACGGUCCAGUAGAUGCUAUAUGGAUUGAGAAUCUAAAUACAGUUUUAGAUGAUAAUAAAAUAUUAACAUUAGCUAAUAAUGAUAGGAUUCCUAUGACUGAUAAUACUAAAAUAGCUUUUGAAGUUGAAAAUUUAAAUAAUGCUUCACCUGCUACUGUAAGUAGAGCAGGUAUUGUAUAUAUUUCAGAUAGUGAUUUAGGUUAUAGACCAUUUAUAUAUAGUUGGUUACAAAAAUUAAAGGAUGUAAAUACAUAUGGUAUGACAUUAUAUUCCAUAUUUAAUAAAUUAUUUAUAUUUUAUCUAGAUAAAAUACAAAUCUUGUCAUUCCUAAAAGAAAAUUGUAAAUUUGUUAUGGAUAUCACAGAUUCUAUUUUAAUUUUACAGACUAUAAAUUUGUUAAAUUCACAAAUCAUUCAAUAUAUUAAUGCAAUUAAUAAUUUUAUGUACAAUGAAGAAGAUUUAAAUAAAAUUUUUUUUUUGGAUACUAAUGAAAAAAAAUUAUUGCCUCAAAGCCAAAAAUUGAUAAAAUCAAAUAUUGAAGAGGAAAAUAAUAAAUAUGAACAAGAAAAUGUUAUUUCUUCUUCUGGAAUGAAAAAAGGGAAAGAUCAAUUAUUAAGUGAUGAAAAAUAUAAAUCAUCUAAUAAAUUGGAAGAUACAAAAAAUAUGACUCUUACAAAUGAUUUGGGUAAGAAGCCAUUAUAUUCAGGUUUGGAAAAAAAAGGUGAUAAUAAGUAUGGAAAAAAUUUAGAUAAUAUAAAAAAUGAACAAAAGGAGCAAAACGAUGAAGAAAAGAAUAAAAAGAUAGAUAAGAAAGAAGCAUAUCAUGAUGAACAACAAGGCGAAGAAGAAAAAGAACAAGAGGAAGAAUAUGAUGAUGAUACAAAACUUGAUAGCUUGAAUAAUUAUACUCUUUCAUCUGGUACAAAAUAUGAAAAAGUAAACAUAGACGAAUGUGAAGAAAUUAUGUUAUAUUCGAUAGUUUGGGGAUUGUGUGGAUUGUUAGAAUAUAAAGAUAGAUUAAAGGUGCAUAACUUUUUGUUAAAAAAUGUACCUAUAUUAAAAAAUGUUAUGGGAGAAAAGAAAAAAAUAUAUAACGAAGAAGAUGAAAAAAUAAAACAACAACAACAACAAAAAAAGAAAACCAAAAAAGAACUAGCACAAAAAAGUGAUCAUAAUGAUUAUGUAAGUAAUAAAAAAAUUAGAGAAGAUGAUAAAACAAAUAUAGAAUUAGAUAAUGAACAUAAUAUAGAAGAUGGAGAAGAAUUCGAAAAUGAAAUAAGUUUAAUAUAUGAUUAUUAUUUUGAUAUGAAAUUAAAAAAAUUAGUUAAAUGGAAUGUUGGUCCAUUUAAAAUGCCACGUAAUGUAAAUUCCAUAUCAUCCAUAUUAAUACCAACUAUCGAAACAACUAAAGUAGAACAUAUAAUCAAACUAAUAUCUAAUAUACCUAUUAGAUGUUAUAAUUUCCAUACUUAUAAAAGUACCUUAUUAUUAGGUUCCACCGGUUCAGCUAAAACUUCCAUAGCUUUAUUAUAUACAUCCAAACAAGAAAAGAAUACCAAAAGAUUUAAUUUCUCUAGUGUUACAACACCUGAGAAGUUUCAAUUAUUCAUUGAAUCUGAAUUAGAAAGAAAAACAGGAAAAACAUAUGGUCCUAUUGGAAAUACGAAAUCUAUUAUAUUUAUUGAUGAUAUGUCUAUGCCAAAAAUUAAUGAAUGGGGUGACCAAAGUACUCUUGAACUAUUAAGACAGCUUAUAGAAUUCCAAGGAUUUUAUUUCUUAGAUAAAGACAAGAGAGGUAAUUUUAAAAAAAUUAUUGAUUUGGAAUAUAUUGGAUGUAUUAAUCAUCCAGGUUGUGGAAAUAAUGAUAUACCAAGAAGAUUAAAAUCAAAAUGGUUUAAUGUUAAUAUCUUGCCAUAUAAUUUAAAUUCUAUAAAUACUAUAUAUGGUACUGUUUUAAGAACGAAAUUUAAUAAAAAACAAAAAUUUUCAGAAGAAAUUAUUGAAAAUAUUGAUAAAGUAAUAUUGUGUACAAUUAAUUUAUUUGGUAGAUUAAAGAAACAUCUGUUACCAGUUCCUUCUCGUUUUCAUUAUUUAUAUACAACACGAGAUUUAGCAAAAAUAUUUUAUUCUAUGCUUUUAUGUCCAUUUGAAUCUAUUGAUAAUAAUUUGUACAAUUUUUUAUGUUUAUGGAAACAUGAAUGUGAAAGAGUUCUUAUAGAUAAAUUAUCUAGAAUGGAAGAUAAAAUUUUUUCAUUGGAUCAAUUAAAACAAAUAUUUAAUCAAUAUUAUCCUUCAUAUAAAGAUAUUUGUGAAAAGAAUAUAUAUUUCAGUUAUUUCUAUGUAUCAGAAAAGGAACAGGAAUUAUAUAUGAUUGAAAAUGAUUUAAUAGAAAAUAAUACCGUACAAGACAAAAAGGAAAAUGAUAAGAUCAAUAUAACUAUUUCAUCAUCUUACAUAAAUGAUACAUCUAAUAAUUUGAUAUCUACAAAGUUGGAUAAUACAAAUAAACUGUAUGAAAAAAUUGAUGAUACAAAAAAUAGAAGAAAUAGUGCAAUAAAUAGACAAAACGAAAUGGAUAAUCAAAAUGUUAUAAAUAGUAAUAGUAAUAAUAAUAAUAAUAUAUUGACGAAAGAAGGAGAUAAUAACGACGAUGUUGAUAAUAUCAAUACUUUUUCUUUCUCUUGGAUGAAAAAAGAUUACAAAAUUGUUGUAGAUUUUGAACGACUAAGAUAUAUUGUUUAUGAAUAUAUGAAAGAAUAUAAUAUUAAUAAUGUUAAAAAAUUAGAUUUAGUUUUUUUUGACGAUUCUUUAAAACAUUUAAUAAUUAUUAAUAGAGUUAUGCAAACUCCAAAUGGUUCAUGCAUGUUAGUAGGUGUUGGUGGAUCAGGAAAAAGAUCCUUAACAAAACUUAGUGUUUUUAUAAGUGAACAAAUAUUAUUCCAAUUAAAUAUAACGAAGACAUAUACGAAGAAUUUAUUUUUUGAAGAUUUAAAAAGUUUAUAUAUAUCUGCUGGUCAAAUGAAUAAGAAAACCACAUUUUUAUUAAGUGAUAGUGAUAUUGAAAAAAAUGAUUUUAUAUUAGAACAUGUAAAUUCCAUUUUAUCUACUGGUUUAGUAUAUGGUCUUUUUAUUAAAGAUGAAAAAGAAGCCAUAUGUGCAGAGAUGAAAGAAUCAUACUUAAAAGAAAUGAAUAAAUCCAAUCAAUCAUCAAAAAUAAAAGGAGGAAAGAAAAAAAAGAAUAAAAAUGAUUAUAAUAAUAUAGAUGAUGAUAUGGAUAUGGAUGAAUAUCAUUCAAAAGAUUCACAAUUAAAAAGUGAUGCUUCAUCUACAAGUAGUAUUGAUAAUGAUAGCAUAUGUAAUGAAAAACUAACAAAUAAGAAAAAGAAAAAAGAUGAAAAAGUUAUAAACGAUUUUAAUGUUUCAUCAAAUGUGAUAUUUGAUUAUUUAUUAGAUAAUGUUCGAAAUAAUCUUCAUAUAUUUUUAUGUUUUUCUCCUAUACAUAAAGAAUUUGCUUUAAGAUAUCAACAAUUUCCAUGUAUAUAUAAUUGUGUAACUAUUAAUUGGUUUUUAAAAUGGCCAUUAGAAGCUCUUGUAAAUGUUUCAACAGCUUAUUUAAAUAAUUUUAAUAUAGAUAUUGAUGAUAAUUUAAAAGAUGAUUUUUUCAACUUAUUUGCUAUUGUACAUAAUAAGGUAUCAGAUACAUGUGAUACUUAUAAAGAACGAAUGAGAAGAAAUACAUAUGUGACUCCCAAAUCUUAUUUGUCUUUUAUUGAUUUAUAUAAACAAAUGUAUGUUAAAAAAUAUGAUGAAAUCAAAUGUUUAAAAGAAAGUGUGGAUAUUGGUUUAAAAAAAUUAAAUGAGGCAGCUAUGGAUGUACAAAAAAUGAGAGAAAGUUUAACAUCGGAAGAAGAGAAAUUAAAAGAAUCUGAUGAGCAAAUGAAUAUAUUAUUAGAAAAGGUAAAGGAUGAAUCACUCAAAGCUGAAAAACAAAGUAUAGAAGUUUCUAAAUUUAGAGAUAAAUGUAUUAAGGAAAAAGAUUUAAUUUUAAAAGAUCAAGAAGAAGCAGAUAAAGAUUUAAAAGCAGCUUUGCCAUAUUUACAUGAGGCAGAAGAAGCUAUAAAAAGUAUAACAGGUAAAGAUAUCACUGAGUUGAAAAGUAUGAAAACACCAUCUGAUAUUAUUAGAAUAGUUUUUGAUGGUGUAUUAAUAUUAUUACAAGGGAAAUUGAAAGAACCUAAAAUUGAUGUAAAAUAUGUAAAUAAACAACAUAUCGAAUUUAUACAAGAUUCAUUUGAUGAAUAUGCAAAACCUCUAAUGGCAGAUAUUCGAUUUCUAAAUUUAUUAUUUGAUUUUUCUAAAAAUGAGAAAGAUAAUAUUAAUGAAGAAACUAUUGAAUUACUUAAACCAUAUAUUGAAUCUACCUUUUUUAAAACUCAAAUUGCUAAAAAGGCUUCUGUUGCUGCUGAAGGAUUAUGUAAAUGGGUUGGUGCUAUGGCAAUGUAUAAUCAAGCUUCAAAAAUCGUUAAGCCUAAGAUGAGUUAUUUAAAAAUUCAAACAGGUAGAUUAGAAGAUGCUUUAAAGCAAUUAGCAGAAGCAGAAGAUUCUUUGUUGAAAGCACAAUUGUUUGUUGAAAAUUUAAAUUUAGAUAUUGAAAAUAUGUUUAAAAAAAAGAAGGCGUUAGAAGAAACUGCUUUAAAAACUAAACAAAGAAUUGAACAAGCGAACAAAUUAAUUAAUGGCUUAUCUAGUGAAAAAGAUAGAUGGACAGAUGAUUCUAAUAAUUUUUCAAAUAUAAAGAAAAAAAUUGUUGGUGAUGUUUUUAUAUGCUCUUCUUUUAUAACAUAUUGUGGUAUGUUUAAUACAGAAUUUAGAAAUUAUCUUAUGAAUGAUGUUUUUUAUAAUUAUACAAAAAAUAUAAAAAACAUCCCUGUAUCAUCUAAUAUAGAUAUUAUAAAAUAUGUGUUAUCUUCUGAUGAUACAAAAAUAUGUGAUUGGAGUGUACAGAAAUUACCAAAUGAUAAAUUAAGUAUAGAAAAUGCAUUGAUUUGUGAAAAUAGCAAUAAAUAUGUGUUAUUAAUAGAUCCACAAUGCCAAGCAAGUAAUUGGAUUAAAAAUAAAGAAUUUUCAAAUGACUUAUCUAAUCAAAGAUGUAUAACCACAUUUAAUAGUACUAAAUUUAAAGAUAACUUAGAAUAUUGUUUAAGUGAAGGGAAAACAUUAUUAAUUGAAAAUGUAGAGGAAUAUAUUGAUCCUAUAUUAGACUCAGUUUUAGAAAAACAAAUUAUAAAAAAAGGAAAAAAGAAUUAUAUAUUGAUUGAAAAUAACUUAAUAAAUUUUGAUGAGAAAUUUAAUUUAUUUAUGACCACUAAUAUACCUAACCCUAAUUAUAGUCCUGAAAUUUAUGCAAGAUGUUGUGUUAUUGAUUUUACAGUAACAGUUAAAGGGUUGGAAGACCAAUUAUUAGGUAGAGUAUUAACAGAAGAACAGAAACAUUUAGAAAUAACAUUAAAAAAUAUUAUGAUAGAAUUAAAAGAUAAUACAAAAUCAUUACAAGAUUUAGAUAAGCAGUUGUUAUAUAAAUUGAAUACAAGUAGUUCUAAUCUUAUUGAAGAUGAAGAAUUAAUAGAAGUAUUAAAUAAUACUAAAUUACUCUCUAAAGAACUUGAAACAAAAUUAAAAGAUAGUAAUGAAAAGAAAAAAGAAAUCAAUGAAAAAAGAGAACAAUACAGAAGUGUAGCAUUAAGAGGAAGUAUAUUAUAUUUCUGUAUUGUUGAUAUAACUAAUGUGAAUUAUAUUUAUAAUACAUCUUUACAUCAAUUUUUGGAACAAUUUGAUUUAUCUAUUAAAAAAGCAGAAAAAGGACAACAUAUUAAAAAAAGAGUAGAAUCCAUAUUGUAUACAUUAACAAAUUUAAUAAUUUCAUAUAUGGAAAGAUGCCUAUUUGAUCAUCAUAAAAUUAUAUUUAAACUAUUAAUAUCAUUGAAAAUAUUAUUAUAUGAUAACAUAAUAAGUAAUAAGGAUAUAAGUUUUUUUCUAAAUCCAUUAUCUCACUAUAGUCCUUCAAAUGAUAUAAAUAAUGAAAUGGCCAAUACAAAUAUGAUAAAUGAUCCAAUGGAUGUUCUAAAAAAUAAGAAGAAUAAGAAAAAUAAUAGGGAAAUGAUUAAUAAUAAUAACAUGAGUACUGCAAUAAACGAGGUGAUAAAUAAUACUAUGGAUAGCAGUUCUAUGAAUAAUGAUACUAUGAAUGUUUACUUGAGAACAAAUGAAAAUGAUAAAAAUAAGAAAGAUACAAAUACAAGUGAUGUUAUCUCAUCAUCAUCAAGCACAAAAACGGGAACAAGAACGAAUACAUCAACAACAACCACAACAACAACUACUACUACUACUACUACGACUAAUAAUAGUAAUAGUAAUAAUAAUAAUAUUAUGAAUGGUAAUAGUUCGGUUAAUGCUGGAGAUAUAAAUAUAUGUAAUAAUAACACAUCUGUUACUGAUCAUAAUAUAAGUAAUAAGAAUAAAAUCGAUUUACAUAAAAAAGGAGCAGGGAAGGGUAAAAUCAGUUCAACAAAAUGGUUAUUCAAAAAUGAAAAGUUAUACAAGAAUAUUAUAUCCUUAUCAAACCAUUCCUUUGGAAAUGAUAAAAAUAAUCGAUUUUUUUAUGAUAUAUUAAAUGUGAUUCAAUUAAAUGAGAACACAUGGAAAAAUUAUUAUGAUAUAUUAGACAUAGAAAAUAAGAAUAUACCUUAUUAUAAUGAACGUUUAGAUGUUAAUAGUCAAAUUAGUUCUUUCAUAAAAUUAUGUUUAAUUCGAUGUUUAAGAGAGGAUAGAACAAUAUUAUGUGCAAAUAAAUUCGUAGAUGAAGUUUUAAAUAGAAAUAGUGAUACUAUGAAACAUGAGACAUUAGAAAAUAUAUUUUCUGAAUCUAGUAAUAGGAAACCAUUUUUAUUUUUAUUAUCCCUAGCUAGUGAUCCUACUAAUAUGAUAGAUGAUUUUGCUAAAAAGUUUAAGAAAUAUCCUACUGAUAAAAUAUCAAUGGGUGAAGGACAAGAAGUUAUAGCAAAAGAGAAAUUAAAAAAUGCUAUUAUUAGUGGUAAUUGGUUAAUAUUACAAAAUUGUCAUUUAAAUAAAAAUUUUAUUAUAGAAGUGUAUAAUAUGUUAAAGAAUUUAAAUGAAAUAGAAGAAGAUUUUCGUUUGUUUUUAACAUCGGAACCAGAUGAUGAAUUUCCUAUAUGUAUAUUACAUGGAAGUAUAAAAAUAUCUACUUCCUUAAGUAGUGGUAUAAAAAAUAAUAUGCGAAAAAUAUAUAAAGAUAUAAUAAAAGAAGAUAUAUUAGAAAAGAUUGAUGAUGAUAAAUAUCGAAAAAUAAUAUAUUCUUUAUCAUAUCUUCAUUGUGUUUUAUGUGAAAGGAAAAAAUUUGGUCCUUUAGGUUGGUGUGUACCAUAUGAAUUUAGUAUAACUGAUUUAUUUGCAUCUUAUUUAUUUAUAGAAAAACAUUUAUAUUCUACAUUAUUAGUUAAUAGACCAAUAGACUGGGAGUCUAUUCAUUAUAUGCUUGCUGAAGUUCAAUAUGGUGGUAAAGUUACAGAUGAUUUAGAUCGAGAAUUAUUAUUAACAUAUGUUCAAUAUUAUUUCAAUGAAGAUUUAUUUAAAAUGAAAAAUGAAGGUUCUUGUGAAUAUUUAAAUUUACCAAAGUUUUAUGAAAUUACUAAUUUUAAAAAUUUUAUAGAAAAACUACCAAAUAUUGAUACUCCAUCUGUUUUAGAUUUACAUAAUAAUGCUGAGAUAACAUAUCGUGUGAACGAAUCACGACAAGUAUUAAACUCUAUUUUAGAAAUUCAACCAAGAGAUGUAGAUCAAGGUGAAGAGAAAAGUAUGGAAACGGUUGUACAGGAAAUGUGUUUAGGUAUUCUUCAAAAUUUACCAACAGAUAUUAAUAUAGAAGAAGUAAAAAAAAUUUUGUAUAGAAAAAAUAAGAAUAUACAACCAAAUAUGCAAACAAAUGCUCAAUUGAAUGUAACAUGUAAUUUGGGUGCUACAACCAAAAAUUUUGGUAUAUUAGAAAAUAGUUCUUAUAAUAAAGCGAAGAAUAGAGAUUAUAAUAUAGAUACUAAUGAUAAUGUUAAUAAUAAUAAUAAUAAUAUAUUACAAAAAAGUGUUAUGUUAAACAAUCCAAAUAAUUAUACAGCAAAUGUCGGGAAAUAUAUCAUUCCAGGUGAUAAUAAAAAUAAAAACCUAGGUUUGGUAAAAGAAAAUGAACUUUCAUUAGAUAUUCCAGAUAUUAUAUAUUGGGAAAAUGAUAAUGAAGGAGAAAAAAACGUUCAAUAUAAUUUUUCACCUCUUCAAGUUUUUUUCUUACAAGAAAUGGAAAGAAUAAAAAAAGUUAUAGAUUUAGUAAAGGUGAAUUUAAAUGAUAUUAUUAGUGCUAUCGAUGGUUCUAAAAUUAUGACAGCUGAUUUACAAAAUGAUACGAAAUAUAUUUUUUCACAAUCAGUUCCUAAAAAAUGGAUAUAUGAUGCAAGUGAAACUGAAAUAUCUUGGAUAUGUAAUAAUUUGAAUCAAUGGUUAAAUAUACUUAAUUUAAGAUAUGAACAAAUUAUGAACUAUAUAUAUAAUGGUAAAUUGAAAUCUUAUUGGUUACCUGGUUUUUUUAAUCCUCAAGGGUUUUUAACAAGUAUGAAACAAGAAAUUACUAGAUUAAAUAAAAAAGAUCAACUUUCUUUAGAUGAAGUUGUAUUAUAUACAGACAUAAAAAAUUAUGACGUAGAAAAAAUAAAAGAAUUUCCAGAACAUGGAUUUAAUAUACAUGGAUUAUUUAUUGAAGGUUCCAAAUGGAAUUGGCAAGAAGGGAAAUUAGAAGAAAGUUCACCCAAAAUAUUAUCUGAAAAUAUGCCAGUAAUACAUAUUACUGUUGUAUCAAAUAAAGAUAAAAAAAUAAAAUUUAUUGAAAAUAAUAAACAUAUGUUUUAUAAUUGUCCAGUAUAUAAAUAUAAUGUUAGGACUGAUAAAUAUUUUAUUUUCCGUAUACAUUUAAAAUCUGAUAUAGAUCCUUCUAUAUGGAAAUUGAGGGGAACUUCAUUAUUAUGUUCCAAGGAUUGA